UGGAAACCACUUCGGGGCGUUUCCAGGAAGAGAGUACCAACAUUUUCUGUAAUGGCGGACCAGGCAGAAAACGAGACUAUCGGGUUCAACGAUAACAGAAUGGCGCAGCAGGCAGUGCGCUUUCGUAGCCCUGCCCCUGCUCCUGCACCAGCGCCUGCACAGACUCCAGUAUUACGAGGCCCCCCACCACUCCUUAGGCCUCCGCCACCACCUUUUGGGAUGAUGAGGGGACCUCCACCAAGACCCCCAUUUGCACGUCCACCCUUUGACCCCAACAUGCCUCCCAUCCCGCCACCAGGAGCCAUGCCACCACCAAUUGGACCUCCUCAUCUUCAGAGACCUCCGUUCCUCCCCCCUCCUGUUGGUAACCUGCCGCCUCCCCCAGGGAUGUUGUUUCCUCCUGGGAUGCCCCCUGUCCCUGCAUCUGGAAACCCUGCACUAAACCCUGCAGAGGAGAUCUGGGUAGAGAACAAGACACCAGAGGGAAAGGCAUACUACUAUAAUGCCCGUACUAGAGAGUCAUCAUGGAGUAAACCAGAUGGUGUGAAGAUCAUCCAGCAGUCUGAACUCAACCCUCUUCUUGUUGCGGGAGCUGCUGCUGGUUCAGGAGCAAAUGUCGGGGUGACUGUGGCUGCCAGCUCCAGCAGUGGCAACACUACAGCCAGCACAGCAGCAGGAGCCUCCCCCACUCAGGCCCCAUCCUCAACCCCCUCCCAGACACUCACCUCCAGUCCAGACUCCAUUACCACCCUGUCCCCCUCUGUGACCUUAGCAGCCACAGUUGUAGCAGACCUUCCCCCUGUUGCCACAGUGACCUCAACUGUUGCUGUGUCGCCGGUCACCGUGGUGACUGUUUCUACGGUGCCAUCACCUGUUACGGCAGUUCAGACUGUGCCUCUGCUGCCAACAGCCCUGCCUCACAGUGUGGCACAGCCCACCGCAGCCAUACCUGCCUUCCCCCCUGUCAUGGUGCCGCCUUUCAGGGUGCCUUUACCAGGCAUGCACAUACCUCUACCAGGUGUAGCAAUGAUGCAGAUAGUAGGUGCACCGUGUGUAAAGGCAGGCCCCAGCGCCAACGGCAUGCUUCCUGGUAUGGGCCCGCCUAUAGUCUCCAUGAUGCAUCCUCAACUGGCACUUUCAGCAGCUCCUGCCUCCAUGGCUGGGUCAUUGCAGCUUCCUGAGUGGUCAGAGUACAAAACAGCUGAUGGGAAAACUUACUACUACAACAACCGGACUCUGGAGUCCACCUGGGAGAAGCCACUGGCUGUUAUAGAGAAAGAAAAAGAAGCAGAAAAGGCCAAAGAACGUCUAGCCCAGGAGGAGGCUGAAGCAAUGGAGAUGGAGGAUGAGGAGAACAAACCAGAAAACACUAAUAAUGUGAAAGAGGAGCCCAAAGAAGAAGAGAUGACAGAGGAGGAAAAGGCAGCUCAGAAAGCCAGGCCCAUAGCGACCAACCCCAUCCCUGGCACGCCUUGGUGUGUUGUGUGGACCGGCGAUGAUCGUGUUUUUUUCUACAACCCGACAACAAGGCUGUCCAUGUGGGACCGUCCAGACGAGCUGGUUGGUCGGUCUGAUGUUGAUAAGCACAUCCAAGAACCACCACACAAGAGAGGCCUGGAGGACAAUAAGAAGACAGGUGUUAAUAAGGAGGAGCCUGAGUUAGCCAUUGCUACUGAAGAUAAUCAAGAUGAAGAGCCAACCAAAGCCAAAAAGAGAAAGAAAGAAGACUUGAAAGAAGCAGAUUCAGAGAAAGAAGCAGCCAUGGAGGCAGAGCUCAGGGCUGCCAGAGAGAGAGCAAUAGUCCCACUAGAGGCCAGAAUGACCCAGUUCAGAGAAAUGUUGCUGGAGAGAGGGGUGUCGGCAUUUUCAACUUGGGACAAAGAGCUUCAUAAAAUUGUGUUUGAUCCACGUUACCUUCUGCUAAACCCAAAAGAAAGGAAACAGGUUUUUGAUCAGUAUGUGAAGACACGAGCAGAGGAGGAGAGAAAGGAGAAGAAAAACAAGUUGAUGCUGGCCAAAGAUGAGUUUAGGAGGAUGAUGGAGGAGGCAAAGCUCUCACCCAGAACAACAUUUAGUGAAUUUGCUUUGAAGCACGGCAGAGAUCCACGAUUUAAGACCAUAGAGAAGAUGAAAGACAGGGAGGCUAUCUUUGUGGAAUUCAUCACUGCAAUGAGAAAAAGGGAGAAAGAGGACUCCAAAACCAGAGGAGAGAAGGUAAAGCAAGACUUUUUUGAUCUUCUAAGUGAGCAGCACAUAGAGGGAAAUCAACGGUGGAGCAAAGUAAAAGAGAGACUAGAGACCGACCCACGAUACAAGGCUGUAGAGAGCUCCGCACUCAGAGAGGAACUUUUCAAACAGUUCAUGGAAAAACAAGCCAAGAACAUCGACAUUGAGAAGGAGCGAGAGUUGGAGCGGCAGGCUCGUAUUGAAGCCAGUCUCAGAGAGAGGGAGCGGGAGGUCCAGAAGGCCCGAUCAGAACAGACCAAAGAGAUCGACCGAGAAAGGGAGCAGCACAAGAGGGAGGAGGCCAUCCAGCAUUUCAAAGCUCUGAUGUCUGAUAUGGUGCGUUCUUCAGAUGCAACAUGGUCAGAAACCCGCCGUAACCUGCGGAAAGACCAUCGAUGGGAGUCUGCAUCCCUGCUGGAGAGAGAGGAGAAGGAGAAGUUGUUUAAUGAACAUGUAGAAGCACUGGCCAAAAAGAAGAAGGAGCAUUUUAGGCAGCUCCUGGACGAGACCAGCAUGAUCACUCUAACUACUUCGUGGAAAGAAGUGAAGAAGGUCAUCAAGGAAGACCCUCGCUGUAUAAAAUUCUCUUCCAGUGACAGAAAAAGACAGCGAGAGUUUGAAGACUACAUCAAGGACAAAUACAUCACCGCCAAGGCUGACUUCAGAACCCUGUUAAAGGAGACAAAGUUCAUCACAUACAGGUCGAGAAAGCUGAUCCAGGAGUCAGAGCAGCAUCUGAAAGAUGUGGAGAAGAUCCUUCAGAAUGACAAGCGGUACCUCGUUCUGGAGUGCGUCCCUGAGGAGCGCAGGAAGCUAAUCAUGUUCUACAUUGAAGAUUUAGACCGACGUGGACCACCGCCUCCUCCCACCGCUUCUGAGCCCACACGACGCUCUACCAAGUGACCAAUCGCAUAACCUUCUCGGCCAGUGCCCUACUCCUUAUCAUCCUCCCUUUGGCCAGAGCAUGAACUCCCCUCAGCACCCCCUGAACCCCAGCCUCCAGGCCCGUGGAUGGCCUUGCAGUGUUAUUGCUAGGGUGAUAUUACUUAGAGAUGUUCCAUAGAGAUGAACGGUUAUGGGUCUCUGUGUUAUGUCACCUUUUAGCCCCGAAGUAGCCCUGCAUUUAAGGCAACUGCAGGUAACAGAAGUUACCUGAUUUCAAGGUGACUUGUGACCUCUCACCUUUGACUGAUCACAUAAGAGGGAGAGGAAAAGUGAUGAGGCUGCUGCCCGAGCAGCCACACAGGUGUAAGAUAGCUGAUGUAAAUGAAGAUGGGUGUAUGUAUGUAUGAGUGUGGUGCACGCAUAUUUGAGUAUGUGUGCAUUUGUUUGAGGCGUCCUUAUGCCUUACAGCUCCACUGUGCCAGUCAUUGUUUCAGUGGCUCGGUGUGAAUGUUAGUUUCGGUUCAGUGGUUUAUUCAGAUGUUGCAGCAGAUUCUCUGUUGAGUGAAAUAAAGGCAACUUCCACUGUUUUUCAA